UAUAAAAUGACUUCUCGCUAUUAGUAUAGCUUCAUUACAGGCAGUAAUAUGAACAGAAUAUUUUUUGCGCUCCUCAUCAUCUCAGCACUAACAACGGAAAUUCUUCCUGCCUUCAUCGGAAAAUGCAGACUUGACGAUGAUUGUUCAAUAGAUCAAGCUUGUGUCGAUGGAAUUUGUGAUGAUCCAUGUGAUGAAAGUUGUGCUGAAAACUCCAGCUGUACACCACUGUAUCAUGGUGCUUAUUGUAUUUGUAAUGAUGGAUUUACAGGAGAUCCAUUUGAGAAAUGUUAUGAAAUUUUUGAUCAGAUUGAUGAGAAUUUGUUGUGAUUUUUGAGAAAUGAUUUUUUUAAUAUGAAUUUUUUGAGAAAUUUUAAUGGAAGUUCACUAGAUCCAGAUGGUCUUACUGAGUUGUGUACCUACAUAUUUGUGAAUCAACA